UGUCUCGCGUAAUAGCGCUGGGUAAGUGGGGCCCUUCGCUCUCCAUUUCGGCUCAAAGCCUCCGUAGACUCUCACUGGCUUUUACAGUAUCUUGUAGCCGUAAUGGCGUUAGCUUCCACAUGCAACAAGGGCCUGUUUAUUAUGGCUGGACCGCCGUCUCUUCCUCUCGUCCGCUGAUUGGCUGUGCUACUUCCGAAGCGGAACGCGAUUGGCUCACAGCCUUGUCGAUCAGACGAGGAAUAGACGGGUACCCAAGACGGCAGGGUUGCGCGUGUGCCUUCCCAGGUCCUGGCAGCACCAUCCGGCGAGGGGGUGAGGACGCUGGCCGCCUGUUUUAUGACUGCAAGGAACACUGGAUGUUUUUAUUUUGAUUUCUUCUUCACUGGAUAUACAUGCCCACGAUAUUGAGCGCAGGAAAGCGGCACGCCGGUGAACGAGCACAACGUUAUCGAUGGGGAAAAUAAGUUGAAGGCUUCGGAAGAAUGUUUUCCUUGUUUCAGGAAAACGGAUUGCUCUGUUGAUCAGCGUGAUGGGUGUUUCGAGGGGAUUUUGACAUUUGGAGCGGAUCUGGAGCUAUCCAUCUACAGCUUCGGGCUCGAGCGCAACUGAAAGCGGUAACAGAGCGCCAUACUGCAAAACAAGCUUCCCGGAUCGAUACAGUGUAGCAGUCUUUUCGCACGGGAGAAUUGCGCGUUUUCAUGUAAAUGUAAACAAGUAAGCUGGCGAGCAAGUACCAAGUCAGCAACGGUGGCCUGAUUGAGAUCCACGUAACUUCUGCAAACUGCAUGCAGCCCUGGCGGUGGAAACGGGGCUGGAUGAGCCCAAAAUGGCAAAUAUGAAGAAAUCUAAAAGAUGAAUGUUGCAUUUCCCCCGUAACUUGUACUAUCCACCUAAUUUCCCUUUCCAUACAAGCCCGAGUUUCGAGCGAAGCAAGGUGCUCCUCAUGCCUCCAACAUGAGGGAGAUUUAAGGCCGUGCGGAAUUGAUUUAUUAUGGGGGGAGCGCAUUAUUUUGAUUUGAUCCCUCUCCUUUUUACUUUUCUUUUGUUUACCCUCCGCGAGGGCUUUCUCGGAUGUCCGCGGUUGUCAUUUUGCUAGUCUGGAACGUAUAACGCGAAAGACCCUCCGAAGUAGGUCAGAUCAAAGCUGGAGAGUUGUUAGUAUGACACCUUUUCACGCUCAUCUCGAUGUAUGCCGGACAUUUCUGCUUUGAUUUGACCCGUCGUUUGGCUCGAUGACAGCCAAAUGAGAGUUUGACAUCUUGGCAGCCUCCCUCUCCAUCUCGUUCGCCUCUUUGUUUUGUUUUUCCACCUCUCAUUUCGGGCUGUUGAGUGAGUGAAUGGCUCUGUGCGGAACGACGGCUUCCAAUGCCGCGAAAAUGAUGGCUGCGUACAACGGCGGCACCGCGGCAGUGGCAGCGCAUCACCCGCACCAUCACCACCAGCUGCCCCAUCUCCCGCCACCCGCCCACCUCCACCACCAUCACCACCCGGGCCAGCAUCACCUCCAGCACCCCGGCUCGGCCGCCGCCGUGCACCCAGUACAGCAGCACGCCUCUACGGCCGCGGCCGCUGCUGCUGCUGCCGCGGCGGCGGUGAUGCUGAACCCGAGCCAGCAGCAGCCGUACUUCCCCUCGCCCGCUCCCGGACAAGCUCCGGGGCCGGCGGCCGCUGCAGCCCCAGCGCAAGUUCAAGCCGCCGCCGCAGCCGCCGUGAAGGUGCAUCAUCACCACCACCAACACUCGCAUCACUUACAACAACAGCUGGAUAUAGAGCCGGACAGACCGAUCGGAUACGGAGCUUUCGGUGUGGUUUGGUCAGUGACAGACCCCAGAGACGGCAAACGCGUGGCCCUCAAAAAGAUGCCCAAUGUCUUCCAAAACCUCGUCUCCUGCAAGAGGGUUUUCCGCGAGCUGAAGAUGCUUUGUUUCUUCAAGCACGACAAUGUGCUGUCAGCUCUGGAUAUUCUGCAGCCUCCACACAUCGACUACUUUGAGGAAAUUUAUGUGGUGACAGAGUUGAUGCAGAGUGACCUCCAUAAGAUCAUCGUGUCUCCACAGCCCCUGAGCUCUGACCACGUCAAAGUCUUUCUCUACCAAAUCCUCCGUGGAUUGAAGUAUCUACACUCAGCUGGCAUUUUGCACAGAGACAUUAAACCUGGUAACCUGUUGGUCAACAGCAAUUGUGUGCUUAAGAUUUGUGACUUUGGCCUGGCAAGAGUGGAGGAGCUAGACGAGUCGCGUCACAUGACCCAGGAGGUGGUGACGCAGUACUACAGAGCGCCAGAGAUCCUGAUGGGGAGCAGGCACUAUUCCAACGCCAUCGACAUCUGGUCUGUGGGCUGCAUCUUUGCCGAGCUGCUUGGCCGACGCAUCCUCUUCCAGGCUCAGAGUCCCAUCCAACAGCUGGACUUGAUCACAGAUCUGCUGGGGACUCCGUCUCUGGAGGCCAUGAGGACGGCGUGUGAGGGGGCCAGAGCUCACAUCCUGAGAGGACCACAUAAACAGCCCUCACUUCCUGUCCUGUACACCCUGUCCAGUCAAGCAACCCAUGAGGCCGUUCACCUCCUCUGCAGGAUGUUGGUCUUUGACCCAUCAAAGCGGAUCUCUGCAAAGGAUGCCCUGGCGCACCCGUAUCUGGACGAGGGACGUCUGCGGUACCACACCUGCAUGUGCAAAUGCUGCUACACCACUUCCUCUGGCCGCGUCUACACCAGUGACUUUGAGCCUGUCACCAAUCCCAAGUUUGACGACGGUUUUGAGAAGAACCUGACGUCAGUUCGGCAGGUCAAAGAGAUCAUUCAUCAGUUCAUCCUGGAGCAGCAGAAGGGGAAUCGGGUACCGCUCUGUAUCAACCCCCAAUCAGCUGCCUUCAAAAGCUUUAUCAGCUCAACAGUAGCUCAGCCCUCUGAGAUGCCUCCAUCUCCUCUGGUUUGGGAGUAGCUGAGGACGGCAGAGAAGAUGGCGUUGAUAAACAGUGGUGGUGGACGUCCCUCCGGUGGCCCGUCCCGCGUCCACCCCUCACCUCCCCUGGACUACUGACCCCCAGGCAUCCCCAAACCUGCGUAGCAUUUCACUGGAGUCUAGGACUAGCCAUGUCGCUGAUGUGUGUGUGUGUUGUGUGUGUGUGUACUGUAAUACUUACUAAAUGGAGUUUUAUAGAAGCAACCACUGCUGAUGAGUUCAAGUGGGACACGGGACGGGUGGGCAUGGCCACGAGGGGUCCGUUCGUACAUACCCACUGCUCUGUAGUAGUAUACGAAAGGUUUGUGAAGGGUACGAACCUGUACUUUCGGCAGACAAAGUCGACCCCUGUGGACUUGAAUGUAUUUUGAACAGCAGGGCGGCAGAGUCUGUGCAGUAUCCCUGAAGGAAAACUCAUCACGACUAUGUGUGCGAGUAAUCAUGCUUUAUUUAUUCAUGGAAACAGGAAGUGCAGUGCUUCAUGUCGUAUGAAAAGAAGGCAAGUUCCUCUGAAUCUGUCUUUCGCUCAUGCUAGAACCAGGGCGAGAAACCGCUGCCCUCAUUAGUAGCCUUUUCAUUAGGCCCAUCCAUAUAAAGUUGUGAAUUUAGGUGACGGCCCUUGUGAAAGGUGCGGUCACAUUAACCGCUGCUCGGAAUUUCGAGCGCGAAAUCCAAUUGUUUCAGGAAUCUGCGCGUUUUGAAAAAAAUUCUGAUGCGGAACUAGUUGGUCAUGUAAAUUUGUCGCACCGACCGACAGAAAGCUGCUUCAUACAUAAUUACGCUAUUAGCGGCGAAAAAAAAUCUGAAAUAUCGCUAGUGUGACCGCAUCUUAAGAACUGUGACUACUCAUUCGGCUAGAGUGAGCCGCUCAUUGCGUUUAUUGCCUUCAACGGCGGUGUGAUUUUUACGACUUUCUUCCAUUUUUGCUGUCGUCUGCACUCUUCCUUUUUUUCUCUAUCGAUCUAUCUUUGUUCAUAUCUCGAUUUCUGUCUCAUUCAACUCUUCAAAUCAGUAUUCCUUAGCGCAGCACUUGGCAGAGAUACUGAUUCGUAGGCUUCUCUUAGUACUCCUGAAUGUGGAUGUGUUGUGUCAGUAUUUAGUACUUCGGAUGGGUGACUGAACGGCACAACGACUCAAAAGGAUCCAAAAAGCAUGCAUGAUUGGCCCGAGGCAAAAUGCUUGUACCGAAAGGGUUUAAUUGAAGCAAAGGAGACUUUGUGAGCGUGUCCAGAAAUCUCGCAGGUGCUUGUCUCCUACCGAGACUGAAAACCCAACUAGCAUGUAGCGAUACGAUUUGGGGGGGUUUAUGUUUUCUGAUGACCUUUGAACCCUGCUCUCCCUGAUGGAGUAUCUAGAAUAGCAUGCAAACCAAAUUAAAGGCUAAAAACUAAAAAAAAGCAAAUAAAUAAAUAAUGGGUUGUACUGAUGGUCAACCAAACCAUUCCAUAAUUGCAAUGGUAUAUUACCAAACUUUGUCUAUAAAGACAAGUGACGAACGCCAUUGCGAGUGCAUGUAUGGACCCCGUGCAUGCUUCUAACUGACUGUGGCAUCACAAUAGUGAUCCUGUAGAUGUCAGUUCAGUGUCGUCUACUUUGACCCCCCUCAAAAGCCCUUUUUCUGUUAAAAGACUCUUAUGGAGAUGAUGGAUCUGAAAAGGGUGCCUGGGAAAUGGUGUAUAUUGUGGGUCUGCAAAGAAAUUGGGAGUAGUUUUCACUCACUGUACCAUGCUUAAACUUCCCAUAAUGCUUUCUGCACUCUCUCGGACUAAAAGAAAACAAAUGGUAAAUAUUUAAUAUAUUUUUAGAGAAUUAUUUUUAUUUCUUCCUCAAUGUGCUAUGGCAUGCUUUCCCAUGAUCCACUGAGUAUGGUAUGUAAAUAAGUGAGUAGCAGGUAGAUUUCAAUAGAAAUGAAAAAUCUACAAAAAAAUGACGUAUUAAAAAAAAAAUAAAAAAAUCGCCAAACAAAAAAAAAAGUAAUACUGCUGUAUAGAAGUUGAAUUAGCCUGCACAUUUUUUAGGGCUGUGAAAUUUGAUUUUAUUUUUGAGACUUGCAUAUAAAUGUACAUAUUUUUUUCUCUCUCUCUCUUUUCUUCUUUUUAUUUUCCCCUGCACUAGAAAGUGUAGACAAAGAAAUAAUCCAAAUCAGUAUAAGUACAAAAACAAACAAAAAACACAUAACCAAUUAUGUUAAUUGUGUCUUGUGUGCUGCAGAGCUGUGGAUAUGAGUAUUGAAGUAGAGCCCUUUUUUAAUUAUUAUUAUUAUUAUUAUUAUUAUUAAUUAUUAUUAAUUUCCUUUAAAGAAACACUGAACUGUUUGUGUAUAUGUAUAUAAUGGAUUCACAUUGUUGGUCUCUACCUCUCGAGCUCAAUGACUUGGUUGUUUACCUCCACGCUUUUAUUUUUAUGUGGAGAUUUAAAACUUGAAUGUCCCUUCCGACUUUUAUAUUCCUAUCAAUCCCUGUAUAAAGAAAUCAAAGUCAUUAAAAUUUCGAUUGGUUGGAGGUGGUUGCCAUCAUCAUAUCCUUGUACAAAGUACCAUGUUCUCACCCCAGUGUUCUCUGACUGUUAGAUCACACAGCAUACCCACGAUGAUUAACAUGGUAUCCUUCACCGAGAGCGUCGGAUGAGAUAAACGUACAAAAUACGUGGCAAUGUUAGGGCGUACCUAAGAUAACGUGCGGAUUCAAACAGAGCCUGUGAGAAGCUCGAUCGGGCCCAAAUGGGGAAGGUACUGCACUUGCUGUCAAGUUUUUAUAAGGACGUUUGAAGUUUAUACUCAGAGUUAAUGGUAUUUGAAUACAUUUUACGACAUAUAUGACUAUAAUGUAAAAUUCGCAUUCGAUGCCCUGAAAUCUGAGGAGGUGAUUCUUAGGGACCGGAAGGACUCUGUGGAUGUGUUCUGUGUUUUGAAAAAUCACCGGUCUCUUUUCAGAGUGUAGAUUUGAAGUACAGUGGUGAAGCUCAUUAAAUGUUGACAUUUAAAAAAA